CUCCAUCAAAACCUAGGCGAGCUCUUGUGAGAGAGAAUCAAAGAUGCCCUCUAAACAGAAACAUUCAAGGUUAAUAGAAGAAAGCGAAGACCUGGACGAGGAAGUGGAGGAAGCGGAUGAGUCCGAGUUAAAGAAGAGCAGCAGCGAAAACCCAGCUAAAGCCGAAAAGACGCGGAAGAGGGAAAAGAACUCGUCCGAAAACAGAAGCUCGGUGAAAGACAAGAAAAGUGAAAAAGACAAAAAGAAGAAAAAGACCGAAAAUGAAAAGGAGGAAGGUGAGCAGAACAACAACGACUUGACCGCCAAAGGGGAUGCAAGCGAGUCGACAAAAACGGAGAAGAAGAAGAAGAAAUCCUCCACUGAGAACCCAGAUGGAAGUGACACAGAAAAGAAGACCAAGUCCAAAGAUACCAAGAAGAAGAAAUCCCACGAGGGAGAGGACAAGAAGAAGAAGAAGCCAAAGAAGGGAUCCGGUGAAAGUGAUGAGGAUAAAAAGAAAAAGGGAAAGAAGUCUAAAAACAAGCACUUGGAUUACGCGGCAAUCUAUCAGAGCGAGCUCCUCAACUACCACACGGAUUCAUCAGACGGCUAUGAGGAUGUCUAUUACAAGAAGAAAGUCUACGAAGUGGUCGCUAUCACUGGAGACAUCAAGGGAGCUGGGACUGACGCCAACGUGUUUGUUACCCUUUUCGGGGAGUUUGGCGUUACCCCUAAGGCUCACCUGGCCAGCAAAAGCCGAACUGCAUUCGAGAAGAAUAAGACGGACGUUUUCCGCAUCAAAACGCACAAUGUGGGUGCGCUCAAGAAGCUGAGGAUCGAGCACGACAACACAGGAAUGAACGCCAGCUGGUUUUUAGACAGGGUGGUGGUGACCGACAUGAGUCGGCCUCACCUGCGCUUCUACUUUGCCUGCAACAACUGGCUGAGCCGCGAAGAAGGUGACAACCUCUUUGUCAGGGACCUGCUGGGCAGCCUGAACCAGAUGGAUGUACCAAAAUUGAAUAAAUACAUAGUAAGUGUCUUCACUGCCGACAUGAAGGGAAGCGGAACUGACGCCGACGUCUUCCUCAACAUCUUUGGAGAGCACGGCGACACAGGGGAGCGGCGGCUGGACAGCGACAAGGACAACUUUGAACGCGGCUCGGAGGACAAGUUCACCAUCGAAGCACCCAACUUAGGAAGGCUGAAAAAGAUCACUAUAGGCCACAACAACAGAGGUUCAUCCGCUGGGUGGUUCCUUGAUAAGGUUGCUAUUGAUGACAUCGGGAAUAAAGAAGUGUACGAGUUCCCCGUCAAUCGUUGGUUCGCUAUGGAUGAAGACGAUGGCAAAAUCCAGAGAGACGUGCUAGUUGGCUCACUGCAGCCAAUGGGUAUCGUGUAUAACGUUCAAGUGAUGACCGGGGAUGUGCGGGGCGCAGGCACCAACUCCAAAAUUCACAUGGUCAUGCACGGCUCCAAGGGCAUAAAGAACAGUGGCAAAAUCUUCCUCGAAGGCGGUGCCUUUGAGCGCGGCCUCAUCGAUAUCUUCAACGUGGAGAUCUGCGAGCUGAUCAGUCCUCUCAGCAGGGUCACCAUCGGGCACGACAAUGGUGCUGUAGGUGCGGGAUGGUACUGCGAGAAGGUGGUUAUCUACUGUCCAUUUACGGGGGUAGAGCAGACGUUCCCCUGUGGAAUGUGGCUUGAUGAGGACGAGGGCGAUGGACUCAUCGAGAGGGAGCUUUACGAAAUGGUUUCCCUGAGGCAGAAAAAGCAGAAGAAGUACCCUUGGUCCUUGUGGAUCUGGACAUCCGACUUGAAGGGCGCAGGAACAGAUGCUCAGGUAUUUCUGCAGAUCUACGGUGAGCGCGGAAAAUCGGAUGAGAUCAAACUGGAGAACAACUCGGACAGCUUUGAACAAGGCCGCCUUGAUAAAUUCAUGAUUGAAAUGCCCGACAUUGGACGACUCCUAAAACUACGCAUCUGGCAUGAGAAGAGGCAUCCGUUUGCCGGCUGGCACCUGGGGAAGGUUACUUUAUUGAAGACGUUGACGAUGGAGAAAUAUGGGUUCGAAUGCGGCCGCUGGCUGGACAUCAAUGAAGACGACAACGAGAUCGUGCGAGAGCUGCCGGCGACUGGAGUACUCUGUGCGGAGCCCCUACCGUUAAUGAAGUAUCGCAUCACCAUAUGCACGGGCAACGUCAGCGGCGGCGGGACCGAUGCCAGCGUCUUCCUCAAUGUCAUCGGCGACCUGGGCGACACCGGGGAGAGACUCAUGAUCAUGAGCAAAAACAAUGUCAACAAAUUCGAAAAGGGCAACCAUGAUGAGUUUCUUAUUGAAGCUGUGGCAUUGGGCCGCAUCCACCGGGUACGAGUUGGGCACGACGGCCGUGGCGGAGGCUGUGGUUGGUUCCUCGAUAAGGUUAUGGUGAGGGAGGAAGGCCAGCCAGAGUCCUUAGCCAUUGAGUUCCCAUGUUAUAGGUGGUUGGACCGCAAUGAAGAUGACGGGCAGAUCGUCCGUGAGUUGGUGCCAGCUGGAGAGGGCCUGCGUCUUUUCAAUGUCAGUUAUCACAUCGCCAUCAAGACGGGCAGCGUGAACGGUGCCAGCUCAGAUUCCAGGGUCUUCGUCAAACUGUACGGCGAGAGGGGCGACACCGGUAAGAUAACCCUGGCGGUUUCGGACAACGACUUGAGGAACUACUUUGAGACCGGUCGCACUGACAUCUUCACUGUGGAAACCUUCGACAUUGGAAAGAUCAACCGACUCCUCAUCGGCCACACCAAUGAAGGCCUGCGAGCCGGAUGGUUUCUUGACAGUGUUCAGAUCUCGGUGCCGGUCCAGGGCAAGGAAUACAUGUUCCCCAGCCAUCGCUGGCUUUGCAAGGAUGAGGCUGAUGGCAAAGUGGAGGUGGAAAUCUAUCCCAGCGAGAUCCUAGACAUAGAAAAAUUGAUCAACUACGAAGUAAGCGUGGUCACAGGAGACGUGCGCACAGGUGGCACCAAUGCCAACGUUUUCUGUCAGAUUUACGGAGACGAGGGAAAGACGGAAGUUCUUCCCUUGAAGAGCCGCUCCAACAAUUUUGAACGUGGCACUACAGAGAUCUUCAAGAUGGAAGCUCAGGAUGUAGGCAAGAUCUACAAGCUGCGCAUCUACCACGACGGCUCAGGCAUCGGCGACGGCUGGUUCCUGGAGUCGGUGGACAUAAAGCGCCUGACAAUGGCCAUGGUAAAGGUGGAGGUCAAGCGGGAAGAUGCAAAGAAGGAUAAGAAGAAGGACAAGAAGAAGAAGAAGAAAGACGAGGAGGAGGUAGUGGAGAUGGUGGAGGAACUGCAGGAGGUGGUCGAGACAUUCAGCUUCCCUUGCAACCGUUGGCUGGCCAGGGACGAGGAGGACGGGGAGAUUGUGGUCGAACUACUGAUCGACGACAAUGAAGACCUCGAAGUAAACUCUUACGAAGUGCACGUGUUCACGGGGAAUAUGUGGGGAGCGGGGACUGAUGCUAAAGUUUACAUCAACGUCUACGGCGAAAUCGGCGACACGGGCGAGCGCCGCUUAAGGAAGUCCAACAAUCUCAAUAAAUUUGAGAGAGGUCAGGAGGACGUGUUCAGCAUCACGUCUGUGGACUUGGGGCCACUAAAGAAGUUGAGAAUCCGCCAUGAUAACAGCCAGGCUGGGGCAGGCUGGUUCCUGGACAGAGUGGAGAUUGUAGACAACAAAGACGACACCACUUACUUCUUCCCGUGCAAGCGAUGGCUGGCGGUAGACGAGGAUGAUGGGCAGCUGGCCAGGGAGCUGGUCCCUGUGGAUGAGGCCUUCAUGAAGAAGGGAGACGACGAUGAUGACGACGAUGACUCAGAGGCCACGUUGGGCCUGGAGCAGAAAGCUAUGUCCACCACAUACACGGUGAGACUAAAAACCGGUGACAAGAAGUACGCCGGGACGGACGCCAACGUCUUUAUGACGCUCUACGGCAUCAAGGAUGACACAGGAAUCAUUAACUUGAAGGCCUCCAAGACACACAAGAACAAGUUUGAGCGAGGCAUGAUCGAUGAGUUCACCGUAGAGGCAGUGGACAUCGGGCCCCUGAAGAAGUUACGUAUUGGACACGACAACCACGGUGGUGGCUCAGCAGGCUGGUUCCUGGACUGGGUGGAGAUCGAUGCUCCUUCAAUGGGGCAAAAACUUCACUUUCCAUGCGGCCGCUGGCUGGACAAAGGCGAGGACGACGGCGCAAUCGCCAGGGAUCUUUUUCCCAAUCCUCUCCAAACGGAACUUUACACACCAUUUGUCCCUUACGAGAUUAAAAUCUUCACAAGUGACAUUUUUGGAGCGGGGACAGACGCAGACGUUUUUGUAGUCCUGUACGGAAGAGAGGCCGUGUGUACCCAACAGAAGCGACUGUGUGUCAACAAGAGGGAGAGGAUAAUGUACUUUGAGAGGGGAGCUGAGGACAUGUUCAUCGUAGAGCUGGAGGACGUAGGGGAAGUCAUUGAGAAGAUCCGCAUCGGUCACGAUAACCGCGGCGUCAACCCUGGCUGGCACUUGGAUCGAGUCGAGAUCCGACGUCUGCUCAAGAAGGGAAAGGGUUCAGAGACAGUCAUCUUCCCUUGUGAGCGCUGGCUCGCCAAGUCGGAGGACGAUGGCGAGACAGUUAGGGAGUUGGUACCCUCCGACAUCAUCACUGAGAAGCUGUCACGGGACGGCAGCCUGAAAAUCACUGAGGUGGAAGUGGAGGAUGCUCUGGAUACACACACAUACAAAGUAUCAGUGAUGACUGGCGACAUGUAUGGAGCUGGCACCGACGCCAAUGUGUUCCUCACCAUCUACGGCGACCUGGGAGAUACGGGUGAGAGGAAGCUUAACAAGUCAGAGAACAACAGCAACAAAUUCGAGCGAGGAGCCGUGGACAAGUUCACCAUAGAGGCCGUGGACCUGGGGCAGGUGUUCAAGAUCAAGAUCCGCCACGAUAACAGCAUGAUGAGCGCCGACUGGUACCUCGACCAGGUUGAGGUUCUCGACGUGGACACGGAAGAGGUCUUCCUCUUCUUGUGCGAACGAUGGCUGUCUCGAAAGAGGGAGGACCGUCUCAUCCAAAGAGUUUUUUACGUUAAGGGAUACGAGGGUGUCCGAGAGAGCCUGAAUAUCAAGAAGAAAUCAACUGUGAAGAGUGUCGACAACAACAGGAACAAAAAGAGCAAAAACAAGGAAGAGGAGGAGGAACAACUCCCAGCCAUACCGUACCACAUCACGUUGUGCACCGGGCUGGAGCGAGAUGCCGGUACCACCAGCAGGGCUUACGUGAUCAUCAUCGGGGCCAAUCAGAGUCGCACGGACAGGCUGUGGCUGGACCCGCCAGAUGGGAAGAGGGGCUUCCAGGCCGGGUCUUUGGAAAGCUUCGAGUGCCAUGGCACAGAUGUGUGGGAGAUCAAAAAGGUUGAGCUCGGCCAUGAUGGUGCCACACCUGAGAGCUGCUGGUUGGUAGAUGAGCUCUCUGUUGCAGUGCCAACAAAAGGGGUCAAAUAUAUCUUCGCUUGCUCAUGCUGGUUGGCCAAAGAUCGUGGUGACGGCCUGACUGCCAGAGUUUUUAACGUGCUUGACGCAGAGGCCGUUUCCAUCUCUCAGAAGGUCAUUUAUGAAGUGACUGUGGUCACAGGCGACAUACAAAAUGCAGGAACAGACACAAAUAUCUUUAUGACCGUGUUUGGUGCUAACGGCAGCACAGAGGAAAUGUUGCUGCAGAAGAACGAGGACAGGUUUGAGCGUGGUCAGGAGGAUACCUUUAACAUGGAGAUCGAUGACAUCGCCCCACUCAGGAAGAUGAGACUACGCAUUGACGGCUCAGGCAGCAGACCGGAUUGGUUCCUUGAUACAGUGAGGAUGCACAAUCUGACAACAGGGGAUGUGUCCGAGUUCACCUAUGAAGAAUGGCUGUCCAAGAUUCGUGGACCCAGAAGGACUAUGAUUUGCGAGAUGGCUGCAGUGGUGGACGAUGAGACAAUGGUAGAACUCACCACCUACGUGAUCCAGGUCAAGACUAGUGAUGUUGCAGGAGCCGGCACUGAUGCCAACGUUUGGGUCAUCAUUUUCGGUGAGAACGGCGACACAGGGACCUUGGCAUUGAAAGAGUGCAACAGGUCCAACAAGUUUGAACGCAAGCAGGUGGACACUUUUCGCUUUUCGGAAAUCCUGAGCCUGGGCGACCUCUCCAAAGUCAGAGUGUGGCACGACAACACGGGUCUGGCGCCUGGAUGGCACUUGGACUACAUUGACGUGAAGGAUGAGCUCAUGGAUAAGACCUUCCGCUUCCCGUGUGACCGCUGGCUGGCCAAAAAUGACGGCGACGGGCAGAUCAUGAGGGAACUGGCGUGCGCUAACAAUGAAUACUUGGACCUCGAUGAAAAAACCAAGUAUGAAAUCUGCGUCACCACUGGAGACACUGCAGAGGCGGAAACCAAAGAGAAUGGAUGGAUCGUGUUGGAGGGGAGGAAGGGUCGAUCAAAGGAGUUCUUGAUGGAGAACUCGUCAAAGAAGAAGCGGUUUUUGAGGGGAAACGUUGACAGAUUUGAAUUUACAUCCAAGAACCUGGGCGACAUCGUCAGCAUUUGCUUGGGCCACACGUCCAAGGAUGGAAAGAAAGUCAAGACAGAACAGCACUGGCAUGUGGAGCAGGUGGUGGUCACUGAAAGAGAGCUGGGCAACAAGUACAUCUUCCACUGCAACGCUCCAGUCCCCUUAUCGGUAAAACGGGAUGACUUCUUGACCCUGGAGUGCACCAAGGCUAUCGAGAGCUUUGCCAGCAAGGCCCGCAGCCUGGUGCCCGUCAAGUACGAGAUCAUCGUGAUCACGGGCGACGAGAAGGGAGCGGGCACGGACGCCAACGUCUCUGUCACCAUCUUUGGCUCCAACGGCGAUUCGGGCCAGCGGCGGCUGCGGCAGAAGUUUCGCAACCUGUUCGAGCGUGAGCAGACCGACCGCUUCCUGCUGGAGAUGCUGGACAUGGGGGAGUUGCAAAAGGUCCGAGUGGAGCACGAUAACAGUGGCCUGCAUCCAGGCUGGCUGCUGGACCGCAUUGAGGUCACUAAUACAGCCAACGGAGUCACCACUAUUUUCUUGUGUGGAAAAUGGCUAGACACAAAGAGGGCUGACGGACAGAUCGCCAGAGUCCUAUACCCCAAAUACUGAACUGUCACUAUGAUUGGACCAAAAAAAAAAAAAAACAGCCAUUACAAGACAUAAAAAGCUUCAUCAAAAGGGCUGUUUUCCCUUUGGUAAUGUACGUUCUUCAUUAAAUCAGUUUGUUUACAUGUUGAAAUUGUGACAAAGUUUGACCUGCUUACCUUUAUUUGUUUUGGGCAGGAAAAA